AUGGACUCGCUCGAUGACGACCCUACCAGUUUCGAAGGCGUUCUGCCAGUGAUCCCGCCUGGCUCCCCUCCAGUCUACAAAGACACGAAAAGCAAUGCGGCAACCGGCGCCUCCGCCGCGGGAGUUCGAGCAUUUACGGCACAGGCAGUGGCAUUCUAUUUCCGCGCCCCCGUGAAAGCUUUCUUUCGGACAAGGGUGGAUUACCUCGCGUACGCCAAAAGCAUAAACCCGGAUAUACAAACUGGUCGCUGGUCGUGGAGGUCCACCACACCAGGCCUCCUGGCGACUGCGAUCAAACACUACGGUUGGCGCUUCGUCCCAGAGCAAUUGGCGCUGCCACUACUUGCGAAUGUAGCCGUCGGAGCAGCGCUGUAUACGAGCUACCUGCAGAUUUUGGGCGUGUUGCAUGAACCAUCGGCGCAUGCCAGGAAAACGGUAUAUCCACCCCCACCGCCGCAGAGCACGUUUCUUGCAGGAUUCGCAGCUGGCUCUAUUCAAAGCGUGUUGGCAGCUCCCUUAGAUGCUCUUCAAGUGCGAUUCGAACGACGAGGGCCAAGAUAUGAGGACAAGACUAUGUGGGAAUAUGGCAAGGGAAAGUUAAGAGAGAUUGGACUUAGAGGGAUAUUUGCGGGCUUCGGACUGAGUUUCUUGAAGGAUAGCUUUGGAAGUGGUAUAUUCUUUUGUGCCUUUGAAUGGGUGAAGGCGCAGGGGUACCAUGGAUAUGCGAAGUGGUAUUAUGGGCAUAAGAUCGUUAGAGAUUGGGAAGGGGAAGAGCUUGGGAUGAAGAACAGAAAGCCAAUACAGGCCACCGGGGACGAGGGAUCACAAACGAAGAGAGACAAUGAGGGGCCAGUGAUCAGACCACAUUACGCCCUCGAACCAACCUUUCUCAUGCUCGCUGGCAUUACGGCUUCGAUCGCACAGCAACUCGUCCUCUACCCUCUCUCGACAAUCCAGACUCUUCACUACGAGCGUCUAGAAGAACUCGACAAAAAGGCGAUCAAACUUAACUCUGACAACGCACCGCUGGCGAGACGUGGACGGAUGUUGAGGGCAUACUAUCACGCCUACCAAGAGACUUGGAAACAAGCUCGUGUACAAGCCGUGGCUGAAGGAGGAAUCAGGCGAUGGUUGUUUAGGGGUUUCUGGUGGUUCACCAUUCGGCAGGUGCCAAGUACAAGUGCAGGAUUGAUUAUAUUCGAGUUGGUAAGGAGGAAGUAUGGGCAGGAGGGCUUAGGCGACGAAGUGAGGAUUUCUAGCAAUGGGAAGUAUGAUAUCCUCCUCGUCUGA